AUGACGCCACAACACCUGUUCACGCUGCCGGUGGAGCUUGUCCUUGAGAUGGCUCAAUAUCUCUCAUCGCCGAGUCUGUCGGCUUUGGUUCGCACAUGUCACCGUGCGUACGACCUCCUCAACCCAGUCCUCUAUUCCGUGCCUGUCAAACGGCUCUCCAGCGUCCUUGCAUGGGCGAAUUGCGUGGAGAAGGAACGGACUAUGCAUCAUCUUUUAGACCACAACGUAAUCAACGUCUUGGAGGUUAAACACCUCGCCCUUCGGCCCGCUUGCUCGGCUGGCUCCGUUGAGAUCGUCACACGGCUUUUGAACAGUGCUCCAGAUUCGCCAUGUGAUUGUGGCCCAAUCCUUUCGUGCGUCGCGGGAGUCAAUCGGAAGCAGAUCAUUAUGAUGCUUCUCUCUGCCGGCGCGGACUUGGCUAGAUACGACUUUGGCGAGGUGGGCGAGCUCCUCGGUGGUUGGGCCCCGGAGGACCUGGAGGCCCCUCGAGCUCUCAUCAGACUUGGCCUCGAUAUCCAUCUGGUUGACUCCAACGGUGAUAACCUGCUGCACCGAGCCGUCAAGCAAAACCUACCGAUCGCGGACAUUGCUUUCCUCCUGGACGAGGGACUGGACAUCAACCACCGCAAUGGCCAAGGCCGUACUCCGCUUGCCGCCGCGAUCGCGUUCGAGGACAGCGUUCUGACCGAGAAGCCGGAUAUAGUGGAGUUGCUGCUACAGCGAGGAGCAAAGACCGACCUUCCAGACAACCGGUCCUGGUAUCCUCUGCAUCAAGCGGCUUUCGACGCGAAAACAUGGGCUGUACGACUGUUGGCGCGAUAUGGCGCCGACCUUGAGGCUCGGACUUCUCACGGCGAAACACCACUUUAUAUGGCCUGUAGCGUCUACUCGCAAUGUGAGAAGGUCAUCAAAGCACUGCUGGACGCUGGGGCAUCUCCGGCCGCUCAUGUAACAGGACGCCGGGGAGAAAAACGGACGCCGAUGCACCUAGCCUUAGCGAAGCGAGAUCCAAUCCGCCGCGGCAUCCGCGUACGGUACCUGUUUGAUGCCUGGAUGGCCAUGUCUCCGGCAUUGCCGUCCGCGGAUGCUUUCCUUGUCGCCGCGGCGGCAUUGGGAGAGGUGGCCGUUUUGCAGAAACUGAUAGACUCCAAGACGGUAAACAUCGAGGGAGCGGACGGGGUAACAACGGUUCUAAUGGCUGCUGCGGGCGCCGGUCAAGAUGAGGUUAUUGAGCUUCUCCUCCCGCUUGGAGCAAACGUAGAUGCGGUCGACGAACUGGAUUGCACGGCUUUACAAUACGCCGUAUGCUCCGGGACCGAGACCACUGUGCAACUUCUCCUCCCACGAUCGUUGAGGGCGUGGGCUUCUUGCAGGUCUCCUGCAAUGCUCAUCACCUGCGCAAUAGUGUACCAGCAAUCGCCCGAAGUCCUUCGCAGCCUGCUCGAAUGGAGACGGCAUCGGCAUCCACAACAUGAGAUCGAUUGGACACAAGUGCUCAGUUACCUCGCCCACGAUGCCAACAUCGUGGACAAGGCCCGCAUUAUGUUCGAAUACAUGAAGCCUGCUGAUUUACAACCCUCAGCACACAUUGUGCCGCUCAUGUUCUUCAUUUACAAGGGGUGCAUUGACAUUGCGCUGGAAAUCAUCCAGCAAGGGAUUGGGCUGGAGGGUCGGGUCGGGGACUGGACACCGUUAAGGAUGGCCGCUUCGAAAGGUGAAUUGGCCGUCGUCCAAGCGCUUGUUAACGCGGGAGUCGAUUUGGAGGUUCGAUCAGACAAGGACGCGGGGACAGCGCUAUCUCUGGCCGUUGUCAACAACCACAGUGAAGUCGUCCAGUUUCUGCUGGCAGCUGGGGCAAACAUGGAUGUACCUGCAGGUGACCCGGCCGGGAGGUCGGUUUUCCAACACGCCGUGUUUCAUGGAUACCUGGACAUCGUGCGCUCGCUGCUUGCUGCUCACGUGGAUGUCAAUAUCUGCGGCGGAGAUAAUAACUAUACGGCGUUAACCUGGGCCGUUCUAGGUGGCAAGCUUGAGGCGGUACGUCUGCUUCUAGGCUAUCGCGCCAAGGAACAGCUGGAGCUCAGUGGCAAGGAUGCUUUAUACUGGGCCAUGCAUGACGGAUGUGAACGUAUCGCUGCCCUCCUGGUAGAUGCAGGAGCUCCGGUUGACGAGAUCGAUCGCUAUGGCCGUACCAUUCUUUCACAGGCCGCCAGUCGGGGACAAACGGCCAUCGUGAGAAUGCUCCUCGACGAAGGGGUCAGGGUCAGUUUGCCGGAUCGCCAUGGACGUACUCCAUUCCUCAUGGCAGCCUGUCGCGGACACUGUCAGAUUGCUCGACUGCUGGUAGAAAAAGGAGCGGACAUCCAUCAGAAGGAUUACUUUGGUCGCUCGGCGCUGUCACUCGCUGCAGAUCAAGGACACAUUGAGAUGGUGAGAUGGCUCAUAGAGCAAGGGGCAGAUAUAAAUGAGAGCGAUCGGAUCGGUCGAACGCCGUUGUCCUGGGCAAUGCAAAUGGACUCAAGCGAGGCGGCUGAAGUACUGGUGUUGGCUGGUUGCGAUGUGCUCAAACCGGACCAUUAUGGACGAACGCCAUUGCAAUGGGCUUCCAGUGACCGAUGCAUCGCGAAGCUCUACUGUUCUUUUCCAGUAUAUAGACCAGGGCUGCGAUAUCGUCUCCAGUCAUGA